AGCCGCCCCGUCGUCUAGUUUAAAAGGGAAUUGCCGGCUCGUCCUGCGAUCAGUCAAUUUCGUACCGCGAAGCAAGCAGCCUCCGUGAGCGACAUGAGGGUGUUUGUGGUGCUGGCGCUCGCGGCGCUGGUGCGGGCCGAGGCCCCGUACGCGUAUAAUGGACCAGUGGCGCCGUCCAGCUCAUACGGAGCACCGUCAGGACCCUCCGGCGGAUUUGGCGGUGGCCACGGCGGCGGUGGCGGCUACAGCGGCGGAGGCGGUGGCUACAGCGGCGGAGGCGGCGGCUACAGUGGCGGCGGAGGCGGCGGCUACAGCGGUGGAGGCGGCGGCUACAGCGGCGGAGGCGGCGGAGGCGGUUUUGGAGGUGGCCACGGCGGCGGCCACAGCGGGGGAGGCGGCGGCUACAGCGGCGGAGGCGGCGGAGGCGGUUUUGGAGGUGGCCACGGCGGCGGCCACAGCGGGGGAGGCGGCUUUGGCGGCGGCCACGGCGGCGGCGGAGGUGGAUUCGGCGGAGGCCACGGAGGUGGUGGCUUCGGCGGUGGCUCCUUCAGUGGUAGCUCGUCGUCAGCUUCAUCUUCGUCCUUCGGCGGUGGCGGAGGAUUCGGCGGAGGCAACUCCUUUAGCGGUUCAAACUCCGGCUCCUUCGGGGGAUCCUUCGGCGGCUCAUCGGGAGCCUCCAGCUUCUCAGGAUCCUCCUCGUUCGGCGGCGGCUCGUCCUUCGGCGGCGGCUACGACCAGGCCCCGCUGAUCCAGAAGCACAUCUACGUCCACGUGCCGCCCCCAGAGCCCGAGUACCAGCAGCCGCCGCGUGCCAUCGCACCGGCCGGGCCACCGCGCAAGCACUACAAGAUCGUCUUCAUCAAGGCGCCCGCCGCUACCGCGCCACCCCCGGCCUCCAUCCAGCUGCCGCAGCAGGACGAGGAGAAGACCCUCAUCUACGUGCUCGUCAAGCGGCCCGAGGAGCAGCCCGAGAUCAGCAUCCCCACGGCCGCGCCCACGCCACCGUCCAAGCCCGAGGUCUACUUCAUCCGCUACAAGACGCAGAAGGAGCAGGGCGGCGGCGGCGGCUACUCUGGGGGCGGCGGCGGCGGCAUUGGGGGCGGCAUCGGGGGCGGUCACGGCGGCGGCUCCGGGGGCGGACACGGGGGCGGCAUCGGUGGCGGGCCGUCCGGGCCGUCGGGACCGUCCUCGUCGUACGGCGCGCCGCCGUCCAGCCCCGGGGGCGGCCCCUACUGAGCGCGGAGUGGCGCGGUGCGGCGCCUGUGAUAGAGUGCGCCGCCCCCCGGCUGUCGCGACCCGGACACCUUUUUGCAUCGACGGCUUUAUCAAUCAGUUUCACAUAAAUCCGUCGCGGGCCGCGACAGCCCUGCUACAGAGCGGCCACUCCCGACUGAGUAGUGGAUAAGUAUGCCAUACGGGUACCGGGCACGCGGUUACGACUGGUCCCGACACAGUUCCUCCGGAAGCAGUGCGUCUCUUAAGUGGUUACAGGAGAGACGAGUAGGAUGCGCUCACCAAUUACCUUAUUUUCGUACAAUAUUGAGAAGAAGUAAAAAAGAUCCUGUUUGUUGUGUUACCAUGUACAUAGCUUAAUGUUUAUUACUUGUUUACGUUGCUUGUUGAUUGUCUUACCACGAAUAAAAAAUGUUUUCUAAAAAAAUGA